AUGACAGGAUCCUCUUGGCUGAACCGCCAGAGCCUGUCCUACCCUGCAACCCCAAGCUCACUGAACGAGGCCUCGAAAGGUGUUGCUAUUUUCCAGGGGGAGGGGGCACGAAAAGGGGGCUUUCUCCGCCGCCCGUUUCCUCCUCCUGCUUUUCUGCCCUCACCCGUCACCCCGCCUGCUCCCUUUUCUCGCCGGCCCCAGCAUGCCGGUUCUUUAUUUCCGAGUUCCGACCCAUCGCCAGCACAACUGCACCAGCCGGUCGAAGCUCAGCUCAGCUCAGCUCAGCUCGGCUCACAGAGCCCUUCGUCGCUUCCCUCCCAUCACUGUCUGUGGGUUGUAACUCCCCCCGGUGGUUCCCCUUGUUUUUCUUGCCCCCUGUUCCUGUUCCUGUUUCUGUCCCCGUCUCUCCGCCUCCCCGUCUCUCCGCCUCCCCGCCUCCCCGCCUCCACCCUCCGCCCCCGGCAAGCUUAG